AUGAUAUCUUUUCAUUCGUAUUUAUCGAACAGAAUUACUUCAUCAGAUGAAAAACCAGUUACAAUAGUAGAUUGGAACGCUGUGAAUGGUUUGAUCGCUUAUGGACAGACAAACGGAGGUGUUACAAUCUCCCGUGUUUCUGACAACAAGGAUCAGCCAGGUUUAUAUAAAAUUACUAAUAUUACAUCAUUGACAACACAUAAACACGAAAUUACAGCUCUUUGCUGGAAUUCAAGGUUUAAUAGAUUAAUCACUGGUGAUAGAUCGGGUCUUUCUGUUGUUUGGGUAGAGAGAGAUAGCAAAUGGUUCCCAACAAUUUUAAAUUCUGCUACUGGUUCUGCAGUUACUUCCAUCGGAACUUCUUAUACUGGAGAAUUUACAGCGAUUACUUAUGAGAAUGGCCAGAUUUCAUGCGGUGAUCUUGGCUCCAACCAGAAAUGGGUAUCUAAGUAUGAAGGAACCCCAAAGAGAGCUUUCUGGUCUGGAUCAGGAAAAACACUUUACAUCUCUGACCAAAAUCAAGAAAUUUAUGCAGUCAAAGACCACGGAACUAACUUCCAGAACUACGAAAUCGACUUACCAGAUACAGAAACCUCAAUAGUUUUUGCAGAAUGGAAUCAUGCAGAACAUCCUCAACUUCUUAUCGUAUAUGAAAACGGUGAUAUUUUCAUACAUACUAAAGGCAAUCCAGAAAACUCAAUAAUUCAUACAGGAGUUAAAAUUUCCGCAGCUACAUGGUCAAAAUCAGGAAAAUUAUUUGCAUUCGGCGGAAAUGUUGACAAUGGACGUUGCCAAGUGCAAUUCUACACCAUAGACUUGAAUCCUAUCCGUACAAUCAACGUUCCUGCUCAACAAAUUACUUCAUUAUCAUUUAAUAGAACAGAUACACAACUUGCCAUCGGUGUUGAUCGUUCCAUCGUAAUUGCCCAACUUUUGCCUAUUAAUAUGUGGGAUUUCUUUGAUAAUACAAUUGUUUAUGCAGUUCAUCGCAAUUUUUCGAAGCUUUUCGACAUUGUCUUCUUCAAUAUCAAUAGUAAUUCCAGGCACAUUAAGUCAAUUGACAAUUUAACAGGUGUUUGCGCGUCAAAGAAUUCAGUUUUGAUUGCAUCGAAAACAGGAGAGAAUGAGACCUCUCUUUUGAUUCUAGAUAAGAGUGGUAUUCCAUUGGCAUCUAAUUUCAUUCAAAUGGAUUGCAAAUUGUUCGCAAAAACUGAUAAUUUCGCAAUUGCGCUUUCCGACAGUCGUUUGUGUCUCUGGGACUUCGUAAACGAUGAUACAAAAUUUGUUUCGUUGCCAGCAGACUCUUCGGCCGUUUGUGCUCAAGGAAAUAAAUUAUUCAUCGGAUUUACAAGCGAUGAAGUCAUUGCUUUUGAAAUUCCAUCCUGCGAAGAGAUCGGAAAAUACAACGUAGGCUCCCAUGUCGAGAAAAUCUCUGUCAGCUCUGAUAUGACAAGAGUAUCAAUGGUUGACAUCUUUGGAGGCUUAUCGUUCAUCGAUAUACACUCAGGAAAAAUCGCUGGUAAGCCCCGUAAAGAGACAUGGAGUAUGAAAUGGGCGGAAGAUUCACAAGAUUUAUUUGUAGCCUUAGAACGUCAGAAACUCUACGUUUACCAUGAUUUCAAUGCUACAGAAGCUAUAAACUCACUAACUUAUAUCUGUAGAUUCUCUGGUUUAGAGAUUUUAACUGUAGAUUUCACAAAACUCCUUCUAGACCCGCUUAAUCCGAAGCCAGAGCACUUCCAUACGUACGAAACAAAAUUACUGAGAGAUGUUAAACUACUUACAAAGAGCCCAGAUGUUCCUGUCGAAGAAAUUGUAAAACACAUCCGUAAUUUCCCACACAAGAAGCUUUGGAAGGUCUUCGGUGAAUGGGCAAUGAUGGGUGGCCAUUAUUCUACUGCUGAAAAAGCAUUUACUGAAAGCCAAAGCCAAAGUGAACUUCAAUUUGUCAGAAAAGUUAAGACAAUUGUAGACAAAAAUAUACAAAAAGGCUUCUCACAGUGGUGCUUUGGCUAUUAUGAAGAGGCACAGCAGACUUUUAUCACAAAUAAUGGCUUAAAUUUCGCUAUCGAAAUGUGGGCCACAUUAGGAAACUGGGAACGCGUUUUACAGCUCAAGCCUCCAUCAGAUAUCGCAACCCGUGCUCAUAUCGCACUUGCAAACAACCUAUACCUCAAAGGAGAUUUCGCUUCGGCCGCAGACCAUUAUAUGAACGCUGUUAUGUACGAAGAUGCGAUCAGAUGCUAUUCAAUGGUCGCGGAUAUUGAGAAUUUGGUCAAGGUUAUGAACGCUUUAGGAACAGAUGACAAAUUAUUGAUAGAUUUAGGCUGCAAAUUCACUAAACUAGGUAUUUGCGAGUCAGCUGUUGCAUCAUUCCUUAAGGCUGGUGACGCCGCUAAGGCUGUUGCUGCUUGUAUUCACUUGAAUAGAUGGGAUGAUGCUGUAAAGCUCUCGGAACAGCAUAAAGAGGUUUCUAAAAAAGAUAUUAUGGGACAAUAUGCACAUUACUUAGCCGGAAAUAGCCAAAAUGCCCUUGCUACAAAAAUGCUUGUCAAAUUUGAACUUUUCGAAGACGCCGCCAACCUUUUGGCCUCUCAAGCAGCUGAAGCUAUUAAAUACAAUAAUUUCCUGUUCGCAAAGAAGUGUUUUGUUAGAGCUGCAUUUUUAUAUGAAAGAUGCAACAAACCAGCUGACGAUAUCUGGUUCAAGAUCGAAGCCUUGCAUUAUUUGAUGCUCGCGAGCCGCGCGAUUUACCAAGGAAACCACGCUUAUGCAAUUUAUUGUUCAAUUGCGACAAAAGAAUAUUCCUCCUUCCUUGGCGAGGAAAGAGUUGCAGCUCUUAUUGCUUUGGCAGGUUAUUACUCGAGAAACUUCAAGCAAUGUUCAAAUGGUUUCAUUACAUUGGAACAUUCAGAAAAAUUCCUUCCAAACAAGCAGAGGAGAAUAAAGCUUCUUGCUGUAAAGAUUUUCGACAAGAAUCAGCCAGUUGAUGAAUACAAAUGCGAUGUCAAAUGUCCGAAAUGCGGAGAAAACACGUUUAACAUGUUUGAAUGUGCUUGCUCUAAAUGCGACUUCAGAUCAAAGAGAUCUGUAGCUUCAGGAAAGCCAAUUACAGCGAAAUCAUGGAGAUGCAGUAAAUGCCACCAUUUUGCUACUUUUGAAGAGAUGAGAGACCAGAAAUGCUGCCCUCUCUGCCACUCAUCGGCUGAAAACAAGCCAACAAAGAUGAAAUAUUAA